AAAGGUCAGAACCAGUUUCAUAUCCAGAACCAGAACUUUACAGGUCGGACCUCUCUGUUUGAGGAGGAACUGUCCACAGGAAACGCAUCACUGCGGCUCUCAGGGGUCAAAGUUCAGGAUGAAGGAAAAUACAAGUGUUAUGUCACCAAUGCCGUCAACAAACCCAUCACAGAGUCUUAUGUGGAUGUGUUUGUUUGUGCUCCAGCUCCAGUGUCUCUGCAGCAGCAGGGGCAGGAGCUCCUCUGUAGAUCUGAGGGAGUCUACCCCAAACCCUCAGUGUCCUGGAGCCCUCCCUCCUCUGCAGCUCUUACCACGGUGACCCCCUCAGAGGGCGGAGUGUGGUCUGUGCACAGCUCUGUGUCUCUGCCUCACAGCCCUCCACAUCAAUACAGCUGUAAUGUGAGCAACAGCAGGGGCAGCUGGAGGAGCGCCACCUACAGGAGGAACAUCGACCUUCAUGUUUCAGCUUCUGGAGUGACAAUAGUUUCCUGCACUGAACCCUCUGCUCCAGUGAAGAGUCUCAUUUGGAGGUUCAACCAGAAUCAGAUCAUUCUGAGUCGGUCUGGACCAGAGUCGGUCUACACUGAGUCCUGGAGACAGUUUGUCACAGAGUCCAACAGUCUGAUCCUGAAGAAUCUGACCAAAGAGCAGCUGGGCCUGUUCUCCUGUGAACUCAAGACUGAACAGGAGAACUUUAUUAUCCUCACUGAAGUCACUGAAGCAGAGAGAGAAACUGAAUCCAGACCCGAGACUCGUAUUGAACUUCAGAACAUAAAUGAACAACAGCCACUGAACCCAGACUCAUCAGAAGUGCCUGAACAUGACGAGACACAGAGUGAAGGAGCGAACCUGAGGAGGCUUCAGGAGCUUCAGGAGCUUCAGGAGCUUCAGGAGCUUCAGGAGCUUCAGGAGCUUCAGGAGCUUCAGGAGCUUCAGGAGCAGACGUGUGAUGCAGAAGUGUCCUGUGUUCUUCUGGAGACCUGUGUUCUGCCCUGCAGCUUUGAGUCUGGACCAGAACCUGUGAUUAACUGGAACCAGAACCAGCACCAGAACCAGAUCUUUACAGACCGGACCUCUCUGUUUGAGGAGGAACUGUCCACAGGAAACGCAUCACUGCGACUCUCAGGGGUCAAAGUUCAGGAUGAAGUGAAAAUACGAGUGUGUCACCAACACAUUGACCACAGUCACCAGAGUAAAAUAUGUCACUGUGAGAGUGGAAGCUCAUGUUCAGCUCCAGUGUCUCUGCAGCAGCAGGGGCAGGAGCUCCUCUGUAGAUCUGAGGGAGUCUACCCCAAACCCUCAGUGUCCUGGAGCCCUCCCUCCUCUGCAGCUCUUACCACGGUGACCCCCUCAGAGGGCGGAGUGUGGUCUGUGCACAGCUCUGUGUCUCUGCCUCACAGCCCUCCACAUCAAUACAGCUUUGUUUCAGACUAUGUGAUAAUCUCCUGCACUGAACCCUCUGCUCCAGUGAAGAGUCUCAUUUGGAGGUUCAACCAGAAUCAGAUCAUUCUGAGUCGGUCUGGACCAGUGCUGUUCUACACUAAGUCCUGGAGACAGUUUGUUGUUAGAGUCACAAAGUCCAACAGUCUGGUCCUGAAGCGUCUGACCACAGAGCAGCUGGGCCUGUUCUCCUGUGAACUCAAGACUGAACAGGAGAACUUUAUUAUCCUCACUGAACUGAGUGAUGCAGAAGUGUCCUGUGUUCUUCUGGAGACCUGUGUUCUGCCCUGCAGCUUUGAGUCUGGACCAGAACCUGUGAUCCUCUGGUUAAAGACCCCAGAAGAUCUUCCAGUCCACAGUUACUUUCACGGUCAGAACCAGAACCAGCACCAGCACAAGAACUUUAGAGGUCGGACCUCUCUGUUUGAGGAGGAACUGUCCACAGGAAACGCAUCACUGCGGCUCUCAGGGGUCAAAGUUCAGGAUGAAGGAAAAUACGAGUGUGUCACCAGCACAUUGACCACAGUCACCAGAGGAAAAUAUGUCACUGUGAGAGUGGAAGCUCCAGCUCCAGUGUCUCUGCAGCAGCAGGGGCAGGAGCUCCUCUGUAGAUCUGAGGGAGUCUACCCCAAACCCUCAGUGUCCUGGAGCCCUCCCUCCUCUGCAGCUCUUACCACGGUGACCCCCUCAGAGGGCGGAGUGUGGUCUGUGCACAGCUCUGUGUCUCUGCCUCACAGCCCUCCACAUCAAUACAGCUGUAAUGUGAGCAACAGCAGGGGCAGCUGGAGGAGCGCCACCUACAGGAGGAACAGUGUCAUUUAUUAUUACAGAGAUGUUUCAGAUUAUGUGACAAUCUCCUGCACUGAACCCUCUGCUCCAGUGAAGAGUCUCAUUUGGAGGUUCAACCAGAAUCAGAUCAUUCUGAGUCGGUCUGGACCAGAGUCGGUCUACACUGAGUCCUGGAGACAGUUUGUUGUUGGAGUCACAGAGUCCAACAGUCUGAUCCUGAAGAAUCUGACCAAAGAGCAGCUGGGCCUGUUCUCCUGUGAACUCAAGACUGAACAGGAGAACUUUAUUAUCCUCACUGAAGUCACUGAAGCAGAGACACAGACAGAGACAGGAGGUAAGUGUGAGCAGUGACUCC